AUGUCCAAAAGAACCCUAGACGCCUUCUUCAAACCUCCCCCCAAACGAACAAAACCCGACACCACCACCACCACCACAACCACCAACGAAGAAAAUACCCCAUCCCAAUCCCAAUCGCCAGACAACCACUCAACCUACCCCCACCCAAUUGCGCAAUUGCCAACACAUCUCGAAAAAGCCCUAUCAGAAUGCACCGAACCUGCAUCUCAUCGCGAAGGCAAAAUCAUGAACAACCAACCCGAUCUAGACUGCGUCUAUUACCAACCAUUUAUCCCGCGCCGCAUCGCUAAUGAAUUAUUUCGCGUGCUGAGGGCUGAAUUACCUUUCUAUCGGGUUGUGUAUUUUGCAAAGAGGGGUGGUGUUGAUGUUCAAAUUAAGACGCCGAGGUUUACGACUGUUUUUGGGGUUGAUGAGGGGUGUUUUUUUGCUGAUGCAGACACAACCUCGAAUCUCAAUAUCAACUCCGACUCGAAUUCAAAAUAUAAAACCUCCCACCUAACCCUCCGCAAAGCACCCACCACCACCACCAACACCAGCAGCACAGUACCAAAAUAUACCUACCCACCCCGCCCAAUCCCCUCACUCCUGCAAUCCCUGAAAAAAGCCGUCGAAUACACCACAAAAGAAACCUACAAUUUUGUCUUGGUAAAUUACUACGCCACCGGCGAAGAUAGUAUCGCCUUCCACUCGGAUGAUGAGCGAUUUCUUGGAUUCGAGCCGGCUAUUGCUUCUUUGUCGCUUGGGGGUGAGAGGGAGUUUUUACUGAAACAUAAGCCGGUCCCUUCAGAGACAGCAGCGACUGGCUCUGCGGAUCGGGGUGGUGCUAGUGCUGCUGUUGGUACAACGAUUAAACUCCCCCUCAGCUCUGGAGAUAUGAUUCUCAUGCGUGGAAGGACACAGGCGAAUUGGUUACAUAGUAUUCCGAAACGGAAAGGGAGGGGAGUAGCUGGUGUUGGGGGACGAAUUAAUAUUACGUUUCGGAGGGCGGUUGUGCCUGCUGGUACGGAGAAUUAUUAUCAUUAUAAUGUUGGGACUGGCGGGGUUUGGGGGUGGGAUGAGGUUAGGAGGGAGAUGGUUGAGAGAGGAGCUGGAAGCGAGAAUAGAAAACCGUUAUGA